AUGGCCACACUCAGUACUCUCAGCGGCUGGGCUGUGAUCGUUUUGGUUAUUGGCGGAUACUGGUAUUUCUACACAAAUAGACCCAAUAGAAACCGGCGGGUACAGGCCUUCAAGCCGCCCCUCAAGUCAAUUGACCCUCGAAGCGAGAAAGAGCCUAAGGGCAAGAAGGCCCGGAAAGAUAGUACUCUCAGCAACAGUGACCAGGCUGAAAAGAAGAAGUCCCAACAACCCCCUAAGGCCAAUCGUGAGGAGCAGAGUCAUGCGAGCAGCCGAGCCACAGGCGUUGCCGACCGCGAAGAUAAGGAUGAGAUGGACAACCGGGAGUUUGCCCGACAACUCUCCAACAUCAAGGCAGGCACGGUGAUUGCCAACAAAUCGCAAACUGCUGCUCCCAAACAGAAAUCUGUCAAGCAAUCCAAGGCCCAGGAGAAGCCCCCUGUGGAGGCCAGCUCGGACAACGCUACAGCUCCAUCUUCUGCCACUGGAGGGGAUGCCGACGAUGAUGAAUCCCCACUGAACUCCCCCGAACUUGGUGCAACUAGAAUGGCAUCGUCAGUUACGAAUGGUGGCAUCUCGGACAUGUUGGAGAAACCUGCUGCCGGACCGUCUAUCUUGAAGAUUACAGAGCCGCUGAACCCCUCCCGCCCAAACAAGCCCAAGCCUCAAUCCUUCGAAGCAGUUGAAUCGAAGAAACAGCGACAAAACCGCAAGAAAACUGAAGCUAAGAAGCAGGCUCGAGAGGAGGACGAGAAGGAGCGAAAGGUCCUGAUGGAGAAGCAGCGUCGAACUGCUCGCGAGGCAGAAGGUAGAGCUGCCAAAGACGGAAGCACUUUCAUGGCGGCUAAACCAGCUAGCUCUGUUUGGACUCCUGGCGCAGCCAAAAAGAACGAUAAGCCAGGGAAAUCCAACGUGGAACUUCUCGACACCUACGAGCCGUCAAAGGCUAGGAAGUCUGGGGCCGCGACUAUUCCGGCGGAGGCUCUUUACUCAGAGGGUGAGCUAGUCGGAAGUGAUUGGCAGAACCACUUCUCCUCCCUUCCUUCUGAAGAGGAGCAGACUCGUAUUGCCAUGGAGGAAUCUGACAACUGGAAGACUGUGAAGGCGAAGGAGAGGCGCAAGCGGGAGAAUAAACCGAAGUCGUCAGAGGACAGACAGAGCUCGGCUGAUGAACAGAAUGAAUAUGCUGCCCCCCCAGUCAUCGCCCCUACCGCCCCAGGAAAGAAAUGGGCGGCAACUCUGGUUCAUGUUGAGAUAAAUGGGGAUGCCGCCGAGCAGGAAAAGGACCUACAGGAUUCAGAAUGGGAAGUUGCGUAG